AUGGCGGGAAGAGUGAUGAUCAUAUCUGGCCGCGCGAAGAACAAAACCCCAUCGGAAAUCCAAAUCACGGCGGAGCAGAUCCUCCGCGAGGCUCGCGAGCACCAAGACCCCGGACUCCAGCCGCCCAAACGGAAAAUCUCCGACGCGGCCGAGCUCGCAGAAGACCUCCUCCGCAGGCGCAAAGUGUUCGAAGAUUCCAUCCGAAGAGAUCGCCGCAACAAAAGCGUAUGGUCAAGAUACGCCCGUUGGGAAGAGUCGCUGAACGAUUUCGAUCGGGCGAGGUCGGUCUGGGAGCGCGCGCUCGAGGUGGAUCACAGGGAUCACGCGCUGUGGCUCAGGUACGCCGAUUUCGAGAUUAGGAACAAGUUCGUCAACCGCGCGAGGAACGUGUGGGACCGCGCGAUCGAGCUGUUGCCCAGGGUGGACCAGCUGUGGCUCAAGUACAUCCACAUGGAGGAGAUGCUGGGGAAAGUGGCCAUUGCCAGAGGGAUCUUCGAGCAGUGGAUGAGGUGGGCCCCCGAUCAGCAGGCGUGGAUUUCGUAUGCAAAAUUUGAGUUGAGGUAUGGAGAAAUCGAACGGGCAAGAGCGGUUUUCGAACGUUUUGUUGAUUGCCACCCGAAGGUCGCCGCCUGGAUUAGGUUUGCAAAAUUCGAGGUGAAAAAUGGAGAUGUUGCGCGGAUUAGGAGGUGUUACGAGAGGGCCGUCGAGAAUUUGGGGGUGGAUGAGGAGGAUGGUGAGUUGCUCUUGGCAUUUGCGGAAUUUGAGGAGAAAAAGUGCAAGGAGAUUGAGAGGGCGAGAUGCAUUUACAAGUAUGCUUUGGAUCAUAUCCCUAGAGGGAAGACAGAGGAGUUACGUAAGAAGUUCAUCUUGUUCGAGAAGCAAUAUGGUGGUAGAGAAGAGUUUGAGGAUGCCAUUGUUGGAAACACGAGGGUUCAUUACGAGGAUGAGAUUCGGAUGAACCCUCUUAAGUACGAUCUGUGGUUUGAUUACAUUCGGUUGGAAGAAUGUUAUGGGGACAGACGAAAAAUAGAGGAUGUUUACGAGAGGGCUAUUGCAUGUAUUCCUCCUUCUCAAGAAAAAAGGUACUGGCGGCGGUACAUAUACCUGUGGAUUAAUUAUGUUUUGUAUGAGGAGCUCGAUGCUGGGGAUGUGGAUCGCACGAGAGAUUUGUAUGGCUUGUGCCUGAAAAUGAUUCCUCAUGAAAAAUUAUCGUUCGCCAAGAUUUGGCUGAUGGCUGCACGGUUUGAGAUAAGGCAAUUGGAAAUUGGUCGAGCGAGAAAAAUUCUGGGUUUGGCAAUUGGGAUGGCUCCCAAAGAUAAGAUAUUCAAGAAGUACAUUGAGUUGGAGAUGCAGCUUGGUAAUGUGGAAAGGUGCAGGAAACUGUAUGGGAAGUACUUGGAGUGGUCACCAGAAAGGUGCUCUGCAUGGAGCAAGUUCGCUGAGAUGGAGGGCUUCUUGGGGGAAACUGAACGGGCAAGAGCCAUUUUCGAGCUUGCAAUAAACCAGCCUUUGCUGGACAUGCCAGAGCUUUUGUGGAAGGCCUAUAUUGAUUUUGAAAUAUCCAUGUCUGAAUUGGAAAGAGCCAGAGCUCUAUACGAAAGGCUUCUGAAUCGCUCGAAAAACGUGAAAGUAUGGAUCAGUUAUGCAAAGUUUGAGGCAUCUGCUAUAGACGAGGGCCUUCAAGAAUCAGAAUUGACUGAAAGUGAUUUUGAACAGAAGAAAAAAUGCCUUGAUCUUGCCAGAUCUCUGUUUGAAAGAGCCCUCAACUAUUUUCGAGAUUCUGCCCCCGAAUUGAAAGAGGAAAGAACAAUACUUUUGGAAGAGUGGUUGAACGUGGAAAACAGUUUUGGCGAGCUUGGUGAUGUUGACUUGGUCAGGAGUAAGCUACCGAGAAAACUGAAAAGGAGAAGGCAUAUUGAAAAUGAGCAUGGUCGAGGCGGGUUUACCGAGUAUCUCGACUAUUUGUUCCCGGAAGAAACACAGACGACAAAUGUCAAGAUAUUGGAAGCAGCCUACGCGUGGAAGAAGCAGAAGACCUAA